AUGACUAUCACCAGAUCUGUUUUAGAACCACAGCAACAGGACGAUACUCCCUCUGAAGCCGGUGACGAUGUGAAUGCCCUCUCGGCAUCAUACAACGCAAAUGGUCCGCACGAUACUCAGAAACGCUCCCGAAUCUGUAGACCUUAUCAACAGGCCCCUGCUUCUCAAGAGAGUGGAGAUGAAAGCUGCGACGACCCGCCACAACCUUGCGGUGUUAUCCUUCGCACCAGUCGCUACCCCAUGGCUCGACCAAUGGAAGGCCAAGCAGAUGAUGUCUUCAUAGCGCUCAAGAAACGCAGAAUCGUUUCCGAAAGACUCGAUGCCUUCCGCCGCAGACGGGAGAAGAAGCUCAUGACCACCGAGGAAGUCAACGAAAAAUUCCCUUUGACAAAUUACAAGACAUGGCGAUCCAAUCGUGCCGACGAGGGUUUGCCCAUAGCUUUAGAGAUUACUACCUCUCACAGCUUUAUGUGA